GAGAGGGGAAGGACCUGAGGGAACAAGGUGUCUCCCUGCCGCACAAACUCAGCCUGUAUAGCCAGUCAGUUUUUGGGACAGCGAAAUUGGGUACAGUAUGGGAGCGCAACGCUUUUCGAUUGUCCCUAACUGGAUUACUACGCUGGAGAGAGUUUGAGAACGAGGUGAAAAGUUUCAGGGAGAGCCUUCUCUGAGGACUUCUGGUGCAGGUCCAUGACGAGCCAUUGAAUAUGGGGACCACUGAAGCAGGCGUUCUGCUUGCUGUCAUGGCAAUCUCACUGCACAUAGCAAGCUGUCACAGGAGCCUGGUGAAGGGCUACUCUCCUCUGAGCUUCACCCAUCAUCUGUACAAUGCCACAAUUUAUGAGAACUCUGCCCCAAGAACCUACGUUGAAAGCGCCGUUAAAAUGGGCAUCGUUGUCACAGAUGACUUCUGGGACAUCAAAUACAAACUGGUGGCUGGGGAUGAAGACAACCUUUUCAAAACAGAGGAGGUCACAGUGGGAGAUUUCUGCUUCCUACGGAUAAAAACUCGCAGCAGUAAUUCUGCUUCACUGAACAGGGAAGUAAGAGAUAGUUACACACUCACCAUCGAGGCCAGUGAAAGUACCUAUGACUACCAGGCCAGGACAAAGGUGCUGAUUCGAGUGCUUGACACCAAUGACCUGAAGCCACUCUUUUAUCCUGCCUCCUACAAUGUCAUUAUCAAAGAGGACACUGCGCUGAAAACCAGUGUGGUCCAAGUCAGUGCCACCGAUGCUGACAUUAGCAGUAAUGCUGACUUCUAUUACAUCUUUAUUAGCAGAUCACACCCCUUUGCAGUUGACCCCUUCACAGGUACGAUCACCCUCAUCAAGAAGCUUGACCACAGUCGAGCACGCAGGUAUGAGCUCACAGUCUUAGCUGAAGACAGGACUAAGAAAAUCUCAGGAAUUCAGAAGUUUGGGAAUGAGGCAAAAGUCGUAGUAAAUGUAGAGAAGGUCUCUGCCAAACCUCCAAUAAUCAAACCUGUCACUGUGAUACCACAGAAGGAGGACGAUGAUUUGCUAUCUUUAAAUGUGGCAGUCAAAGCUGGAGUGAAAGAGGUAGAAGCUUUGAAUAUUGUUGCUGGAGAUCCACAGAAGUACUUUGAAACUAUUCCAUCCAGUCUGGAAUUUUACAACUUUGAGGUAGUCAACACCAGGAAGAUAGACUGGUCACAUAGCCCAUUUGGUUUCAAUAUUUCCCUUCAAGCAAAAGACAGGAACAAUCCUCCCAUUCUUUCACUGAUAAACGAGAUCUAUAUUCCCCCUAGAAAACAUGCCCCAUUGAAAUUUGAGAAGGAAGUCUAUCAUGUUAUGCUAAGUGAAUUUGCCCCACCAAAGAGUCACGUGGUCAGAGUAAUGGUAACACCAAAUCAUGCUAAUGUCACAUACCACAUCAGAAAUAGCCCCAAAGGUUUCAAAUUCAAGAUUAGCCAUAAGACUGGCCAGGUUGUAACCACAGAACAUGUGGACUUCGAAACAAAGUCAUACUACGAGUUUGAUGUGGUGGCGAAUCACGGAGAGGCACACGCACAUGUCAUUGUUGACAUCAUUGAUGAAAAUGACAAUGCCCCCAAGUUCACCAGUCCCUCAUACCAAGGUACACUCCCAGAGAAUGUGCCCAUUGGCACUAGCAUUUUAACGGUCACUGCUACGGAUGGGGACAUAGGCAAUAAUGGCUUUGUGACCUAUGCCAUCGCCAAUACAGGUCCACUACCGUUCACAGUGGACCCAUUCACGGGUGUCAUCUCCACAUCUGAGGAGAUGGACUAUGAGCUCAUGCAGAGGUGGUAUCACCUCAGAGUCUGGGCCUCUGACAGUGGAAGCCCCUUCAGCCAUGUGAGCGAAUGUGCCGUGACACUCAUCAUGAGUAACGUUGACGAUAAUGUACCUCUUUUUGAGAGGGUGGGGUGUAAUGCCACCAUCCCCCUGGACUUUGCAGUAGGAGAGACUAUUGGCAUCAUGUCUGCUGUAGACCUGGAUGAACUGCAGCAAGUCAGGUACAGCAUUGAGUCUGGUAAUGAGCGUGCCUUGUUCAAUAUUGACCCUGUGUCAGGGUCCAUCAGGCUGGCUAAAGAGAUUUCCUCAUCCCUGUCAGCUGGUGAGAAGCCAUCAUUUAGGCUCAAUAUAACGGCUACAGAUGGCAUACAUAGUGCUGUUCCCACUGUUGUUAGCAUCACUGUCACAGGCACGGGCAGUGAACCCAGCAUGCAGUGUCAGGAAAUGGAGGUUUUCAAACAGUUGACAGAACGACUAAUUCAAUCUAUAAAGCCUGAAAUGACUCAAGAGGAGGACACUUUUUCAGAUAUCCAUAUAAUUAACAGACACUCUCCUAAAUUUGAGCCUGAUUUGCCAAGCUCCAUGGACCUCAGAGAGGACUUCCCAUUGAACACUACCAUCCUGCACUUUCGGGCUAUGGAUGCUGACACAGGCUUUAACGGAAAGCUUGUGUAUGCCAUCUCCAGCGGGAGCGAAGAUGGGUGUUUCAUCAUUGAUAUGGAGACUGGAGAGCUUAAGCUUAUUUGCCCAUUGGAUAGAGAAACAAAAGCUUUCUACAUUCUGAACAUUACCAUCUAUGAUUUAGGGGUCCCACAGACAUCUGCAUGGAAGUUUUUGGCUGUGAAUAUAUUAGAUGCCAAUGAUAAUCCACCCAUUUUUGAUCAGUGCAUGUAUGUUCUGAGUAUACCUGAGAACACAGAAGUGGAUAAGAGCAUCUUUAAAGUACAUGCUGUUGAUUAUGAUUUGGAUGAUAAUGGAAGCAUUAAGUAUUCCCUUCUAACUUCAACUGAAACAUUCAAGAUUGACAAGCUAACUGGAGUACUGAAGGUAGCAGGCCAGCUGGAUAGAGAAACAAAUCCAAGGCAUGACCUGAAGAUUGAAGCAAGAGAUCAGGCUAAAGUAGAUGCUCAGCUUCUCUCCACAGUUGAUGUGGUGGUGGUCUUAGAGGACAUAAAUGACAGUCCGCCAAAAUUUGUGCCAAAGGUCUACAAAAUUCAAGUCCCAGAAGAUGUACCCUUAGGAACAGUUCUAUUAUGGGUUGAGAGCUAUGACUUAGAUCUCGGUGCUGGGGGAGAAAUUAGUUACAACCUGAAGAACACAGAGAAUGGGGCUUUUUUCAUUGACACAUCAACAGGCUGCUUGACACUUGAGAAGGAACUAGACUUUGAGAGGAAGCAGUUUUACAAUCUAACUGUGCGGGCAGUGGACCACGGACAGCCACGAUCCUUGUCUUCCUCCUGCUUCAUAGAGGUUAAGGUGUUGGACGUCAAUGAAAAUCUCAAUGCCCCAGCAUUCUCCUCAUUCGUCUACAAGGUACCUGUGAUGGAGGAUGCGGCAGUGGGCACCUCAGUGGUCACUUUGACUGCAGUUGACAGAGACCUGGGAAAAGAUGGAGUUGUGAGAUACCAUAUCCAUGAUGGAACAGGAUUAGGAAUAUUCACCAUUGAUGAGGAAACAGGAGUUAUUCGGACUGCAGAAACUUUGGACCGGGAAGCCAUUUCACACUAUUGGCUUACAGUUUACGCCGCAGAUCUUGGGACUAUACCCCUAGUUUCCUGGACAGAGGUGUUUGUUGAAGUGAUGGAUAUUAACGACAAUCCCCCUGAGCUCUCCCAACCUAUAUACUUUGGCUCAGUGCUGGAAAAUUCACCUAAGGGCAAGUCUGUGCUGAAAGUGGAAGCCACAGAUGCUGACUUAAACUCAGAGGAAAAACUCACCUUCCAGACUGUGGACACACAGCGAAUGUUUUCCAUCAACACCAAGACAGGUGUCAUCACCACUCAGGCUGUCUUGGACCGUGAACAGAAAGCAGAGCACAUAAUUGAGGUGAUCGUGUCUGACAAUGGCACCCCGGCCUUGCGCUCCACAGGCACCGUGGUCAUCCAGGUGCUGGACGAGAAUGACAACAGCCCCCAGUUCAGCCACAAACUCUUCCAGGUGAAGCUGCCCGAGAGGCAGGGUGUGACUGAGCCACAGGAAGUGUACAGGAUGGUUGUCCGGGACGACGACGAGGGGCCGAACGCUGAGGUCACAUUCAGCUUGGAGAAUGACUUGGAGCACAAGUUCAAUAUCCAUCCUACAACUGGCGUGGUGUCCUCUAAGGGUGACUUUGGACAUGGAAACUACACUAUCCUCACGAUCAAAGCAACAGACCAUGGAAGCCCAGCAAGGAAGUCCACAGCUCGCCUUGAUAUUGAGUGGAUUCCAAAGCCAAUGGCCACCUCUGAAACACUGGCCUUUGACGAGCCACACUUUAACUUUGCUGUCAUGGAGAUGGAUCCUGUCAAUCAUAUGGUGGGGAUAAUCAGCACUGACAGAAUUGGCAGCCUCCUCUGGUUUGACAUCAUAGGGGGUGAUGAUGAGCUGGAUUUUGACAUCGAGAAGGACACUGGGACUAUCAUGAUCGCCAGGCGCUUGGAUGCAGCAAAAAGGUCCAGCUACAACCUGACAGUGAGGGUGACAGAUGGGUCCCAGACCAUAACCACGCAGGCUUACAUACGUGUGGUGGACAUGAAUGGGCACCGGCCCACGUUCCUCAAGAGCCAGUAUGAGGUGAGGGUCCCAGAGGACACUGCCCCCUGGAAAGACAUCCUGCAGAUCAGUGCCGAAGACAAAGACUUCAACAGCAGGCUUCUUUACACCAUCCACAGCAGCAUCCAACCAGAGAGCAUCCGUCACUUUCAGCUGGACCCCAACAGUGGAGUUCUUGUCAUAAAGGAAAAAUUGGACUAUGAGACCUUACCUGUGCACACCCUCAUUUUUAUGGUUCGAGAUCAAGAAAUCCCCAUGAAGAGGAACUUCGUAAAGGCUGUUGUCUAUGUGGAGGAUUGCAAUGACCAUUCUCCAGUGUUCAUGAGCUCACGAUAUGAGGCUAACGUGCUAAACCUGGCAGCCAUUGGGACAGAGGUGCUGCAAACUAAAGCUCUGGACAAGGACACGGGCAGCAACGCUGAGAUUGUCUACUCAUUUCACUCAGGAAACACUGAAGGUGCUUUCAGCAUUGAUCCUCAAACUGGACAUAUAAAGGUGGCUAAGCCCUUAGAUACCCUAUCACAGGAACAAUACCACUUAACUGUGAAGGCUACUGAUCAGGGCUUCCCCCAGCGCAGUGACUUAAGCCCUGUCAAUAUCCAUGUUAAACUCUCUGAAAAAACACCACCCAAGUUCUCCUCAAAUGAAUACUUCACUGAGAUCAGUGAAUCUACCCCUAAAGGUUCUCCAUUUUUUACAGUCACAGCCUCUAGUUCCUCAGCUGUGCACUACAAGAUCAAAGGCGGGGACCCAAAUGGAACUUUCCACAUCAACUACUUCUCUGGGGUCCUCUCAAUUCAAAGUGCUCUCAAUUUUGAGGAGCGCUUCUCCUACCGGCUUCAAAUAAGAGCUUCCAGCCUGGCAGGGAGCUACUCAGAUGCAGUGGUGAACAUCUAUGUGAUUGAUGAGAAUGACAACUCUCCCGUUUUUCUUCAGGAGGAGUUUGUGGGGCAGAUCAGUGAGUCAGCACACAUAAACAGCAUGGUGAUGGGAAAGAACAACACCCCUCUAGUGAUACAGGCAACUGAUGCAGAUAGUGAUGCCAACGCCCUGUUAGCUUUUCAAAUCCUGGAACCCGAAGUGCAGAAAGUCUUCAAAAUUGAUCCGAGCAUGGGGACCCUCUCCAUAAUAACUCCCAUUGACUUUGAACUAACUCCCGAAAUUCAUUUCACUGUUCAGGUCCGUGACUCUGGGGAGCCCUCUCUUUAUGCAUCCAAACCAGCGAAAGUAACUGUCCAUGUUCUAGAUUUCAAUGACUGUUUCCCCAAGUUCACAGCACCACUUUAUGAAUCCUCGAUCAUGUUGCCUGCUUUCCAUGGCAUGGAAGCCAUCCAAGUCACAGCAGAUGAUGCAGAUUCAGAUGUGUCAUACAGCAUUUACGAAGGCAAUUUUAACAAUGCUUUUAGUAUCGAUCCUACCACUGGUAUUAUAUCUGUGGACAACGCCUCCAACCUCAAACUUAAUUACAAGCUGUUUGUCAAGGCGUCUGAUGGUUUAUUCAAAGAUACAGCCAUCGUUAAAAUAAACACCACCAACAUCACAAUGACUGGUCUUAGGUUUGAGCAAAAGUUCUAUGCAGCUACGGUGAUGGAAAACACAACAUCUGUCAAAACCUUAGCUGUUGUAAGAGCCUCUGGGAGCUAUCUGAAUGAACCUCUGUUGUACACAGUUCUAAACCCAGGGGGGUUAUUUUCAGUGAUCCAGACAUCUGGUGUUCUUGAAACCACGGGUGUACCUUUUGAUCGAGAGAAACAAGAUGUGUAUGAUGUGGCAGUUGAAGUGAGGGACUUUCAUAGUCCUCCACGAAUAGCUUUAGCCAAUGUAAAGGUGUACAUCAACGAUGCUAACGAUAAUGCACCUCAGUUUCUGAAUUUGCCUUACUCCAUCAUGAUCUCUGACGAUGCUGAGCCUGGGGAUGUACUCUUUCAAGUGACAGCAACAGAUAAGGAUCUUGGUGAAAAUGGAUCCAUCACAUAUCUGCUGGAGGAUGACUUUGACCUCUUUAGGAUAGAUCCUUAUCUUGGGGACGUGUCACUUCAAAGGCCCCUUGACUAUGAAUCGAAGAAUAGGUAUGUUCUCAGUGUGUUAGCUGAAGAUGAGGGCAUGCCUAGUUUGGCAUCCAUAGCAGAUUUGCAAAUCCAGGUGAAGAACAGGUCCAAUCCAGUAUUUCAAAGCCUGUACUACCCGUUGAGGGUUCCAGAAAACAUUUCUCCAUUCACUACCAUCUUGCAUGUACAAGCCAGGAAUCCUGAGGGCUAUCGUUUGAUCUACAACCUUAUUGAAGAAAAUGCCUCCAGAACCUUUCACAUUGACUUCAAAACAGGGGUCUUGAGUGUCACCGAUAAUUUGGAUUAUGAGGCUCAAACCAAGCAUGUUCUGACAGUCCGAGCCACAGACUCUGUAAUAGGAGCCUUUUCUGAUGCCACAGUUGGGAUAGAAGUUGAAGAUAUUAAUGACAAUGCCCCAGAAUUUCAGCAACUGAGUUACACAGCAAAUGUAUUAGAGGGAUUGCCAAUUGGCACUUCCGUGUUACAGAUCUCUGCUGUGGAUAAAGACUCUGGAAGAAACAAAGCCAUAACUUAUCAAAUAGCUGGGACUGGAAAAAAUGAAUCUGACUUCUUUGAGAUUGAUCCACAGAGUGGUCUUCUUGUAACAACACAAGAACUGGACUAUGAAGACAUACAGCAGUUCCGUUUGAUAGUUAAGGCUAUAGAUCAUGGUGUACCUCCUAUGACGAGCGAGGCUUUCAUCAUUGUGAAUGUCACUGAUGUUAAUGACAACCCACCUAAGUUCAGCAAGGACCAAUAUCAUGCUACUCUCAAUGAAAUGGCCACAUGCGGUCAUAUUGUCAUUCGAAUCCAAGCAUCAGAUCCAGACAGUGGGGACCUCAAUAAUCUAGACUACACAAUACUCUCUGGAAAUGAAGACAGGCAUUUUGCCAUAAAUAGGACCUCAGGUAUAAUUUCCUUCUCUAAUGUCUGCAAGAAAAGCCUUGAUCCUUUUUAUAACCUCACAGUGGCCGUGUCAGAUGGAAUUUUUCAAAAGACGGCUCCAGUCAACAUUGACAUGAUGAACAGCAACAAGCACAAUCCCCAUUUUGACCAAAGUAUCUAUGAGGCUGAGUUGGCAGAGAAUGCUGAGGCUGGAACUCGUGUGAUCAGAUUGGCUGCAAUAGACCCUGACGAUGGUCCAUAUGGCAGUGUGGACUACACAAUCAUUAACAAACUGGCAGAUGAAAAAUUCUCCAUUGACAAUGAGGGCCAAAUUGUGACAUCUCAGCCCCUUGAUAGGGAAAACCCAACCCAGAGAGUGAUUGCCAUUAAGGUUAUGGCAAAAGAUGGUGGAGGAAGGGUUGGAUUUUGCACUGUAAAAAUAAUCCUCACUGAUGAGAAUGACAAUGCUCCUCAGUUCAAGGCAUCUGAGUACCAAGUUUCCAUUCAGUCCAGUGUAAAUAAAGGCUCCCCUGUCAUCCAGAUAAUGGCGUAUGAUGCAGACGACGGAAAGAACGCCGAUGUCACCUACACUGUUGAUGAGGCAGAGGAGGUGACAGAGGAGGUCAUUGAAAUCAACCCCUUCACUGGUGUCAUCAGUACCAAGGAGAGCCUUGUCGGAAUGGAAAACAAAAUUUUUAAUUUCAAAAUCAAGGCUCGAGAUGGAGGCAUCCCAUUCUACAACUCUACUGUACCAGUGCAAGUAAAGGUAGUUUCACCCAAAGUACCCCUCCCAAGGUUCUCAGAGCCUCUAUAUACCUUUUCUGCUGCAGAGGACCUCCCUUUGGGCUCAGAAAUAGGAGUAGUCAAGGCUGAUGCAGACACACCAAUCAUAUACAGCUUGGUAGAUGGCAACACUGUGGAGAGCAACAAGGAGCAGGUAUUUGGCGUGGACAAAGACAGUGGAGCUCUCUUUGUCCAGAAAGGCAUAGACUAUGAGAAGACAAAGUGGUACCAGAUUGAUGUCAUGGCUAACUGCAACCGCAAUGGCACCGACGUGGCCUCCCUUGUGUCCGUGAGCAUUCAAGUCCAAGAUGUGAAUGACAACCACCCUGUGUUUGAGGCCAACCCUUACCAGGCAUUCCUGGCCGAGAACAUGCCACCAGGGACAACUGUCAUCCAGGUAACAGCAAAUGACCCAGACAUGGAAACCAAUGGAGAGGUGACUUACAGGGUGGAGCCUGACCCAGAUGAUAUCAGCGAGGUGUUCACCAUUGACAGCGAGAGUGGCUGGAUCACCACUCUAAAGGAGACAGACUGUGAGACAACCAGGCUGUACCGUUUCCAUGUUGUGGCUACUGACCAUGGGGGAAAGGUCAAGCUCUCUUCCUCUGUCCUGGUGGAGGUGAUUGUGACAGAUGAGAAUGACAACCCUCCACAGUUCUCAGAAGAGGUGUACCAGGGCUCUGUCAUUGAGAAUAGCAGGCCUGGUGUGGUCAUUACCACCAUGAGCAUAAUGGAUGCUGAUGUGUCAAAGGACAACAGGUGGUUUGCCUGCUAUAUUACAGAUGGAGACCCCCAGGACUUGUUCUCCAUUGUACAAGUGGGAGAGGAGUGGAAGGUGACCCUCAAAGGCUCUCUAGACAGAGAAACCAAAGAGAGAUAUGGCCUGAAAAUAGUUGCAACUGAUGGAAGAUUUCAAGCCUCUGCCACAGUAGAUGUCCAUGUUCUUGACAUUAAUGAUAACAGUCCACUCUGUGAACAGUUGCUUUAUACUGAGGUCAUCAUGGAGAACUCUCCCCCAGGAGUCUUCAUUCUGAAGGUUUCAGCCUCAGACCCCGAUAUUGGCACUAAUGGCCAGGUCUCAUUCACCCUUCAUGGUCCCAAUGCAGACAAGUUUCAUCUUGAUCCACAGACAGGAGAGCUGUUCACCCUGGCUGUGUUGGACCGUGAACAGGAGGUUGAGUAUGACCUGGUAGCCAAAGCCACUGAUGGUGGAGGCCGCUCCUGCCAGGCUGAUGUACUUCUGAUGAUCCAAGACAUAAAUGACAACCCGCCCAGAUUCUCCACCAACCAUUAUGAUGUGACCGUUUUUGACAACACCACCGUGAGGACUCCCAUUGCUGUCAUUUAUGCCAAGGACCCAGAUACGGGUAUAAACUCAGAGGUAGUGUAUUCCCUGCUGGGUCCUGACAGCCGGUAUUUCUCCCUGGAUGAGUUCUCUGGAAUCCUGCGUCUGGAGAGGUCUCUGUCUGACGAAUCCCAGUCCAGGUUUGAGCUAAAGGUCCAAGCCACCGACCGGGGGCUCCCUCAUCGUCGGUCCUCCAUUGCCACGGUGACCGUGUCUGUGGUGGACCUCAAGGACUACCAGCCGGUCUUUCUGAGCAACGAAUACACCGCCCAGAUCCCAGAGUCCACCGCGGUCGGGACCGAGAUCCUGAGUGUGUCUGCCCUGGCCAAAGAUGCAACCGACAACGUGCCAAUUACAUAUGACAUAAUCUCUGGCAACGAGCAUGGAAAGUUUGAAAUUGAUACUGAAACCGGUGCGCUGUACGUGAACGGGUCCCUGGACUUUGAGCAUUGCCGGGAGUACUACCUGUCAGUGGAGGGGGCGAGAGGCAAGUCUUCUCUCAGCGACAUCGCCAUGGUGAUUAUCAACAUCACAGACAUCAAUGACAACGCGCCUGCCUUCAGCCUGGGAGACUACAGCAAGGAAAUCUCGGAGGAUAUCUCGCCUGGAGACACAGUGAUGCAGGUGUCUGCCGAUGACCUCGACGGACCGUUGAACAACCUCGUCCGGUACUCCAUCGUGAGCGGCGACCCAGAGCGGCAAUUCAGCAUCGAUCCCCGCAGUGGGGAGAUCAGAGCGAUCCGCAGGCUGGACCGGGAGGAGGUGACUCACUACUCUUUAACCGUGCAAGCUGCGGACUCGGGUCACCCCCCUUUGUCGACCGCCGUGCAGGUCACCGUGACUGUGUCUGACGUCAACGACAACCCGCCCGUGUUCUCUAAGAACAACCACAGCGUGGUCCUUCAGGAGGGAGAACCGGUGGGCAGCAGCAUUCUCCAGCUCACCGUGACAGACCGUGACACCCCCCGGAACGGCCCUCCCUUCUCCUUCCACAUCCUGUCUGGGAACGAGGACAAGCGCUUCCACAUAGACCAGGGGGGACUGCUCUCCAUCGCUGGCCCCCUCAGGAAGAGGACUAAGGGCCAACACCUGCUGAAAAUCCAGGUGACGGACAGUGGCCACCCCCCACUCUCCUCCAUAUGUGUGGUGAGAAUCAAUGUCACGGAGCAGAGCAAAUAUCCCCCUGCAGUGGUGCCUCUGGACGUGUUCAUCACCACCACAGACGGGGCCUUCUCCAGCAGGGUCAUCGGCAAGCUCCACGCAACAGACCAGGACCUCCACGACGUGCUCUCCUACAAGCUGGGCCUGGAUUCCCAGGACAGCGUCCGGUUCUCCGUGGACCCAACGGACGGGAAGAUCGUGGCGCAGCGCGCUCUGGAGCCGGGCCUGUACUUCCUGAACGUCAGCGUGUCCGACGGGAAGUUCAGCGCCUGGGCGGGCGUGCGGGUCCACGUGUGGGGGGCCACGCAGCAGGACCUGGACCGGGGCGUCACCCUACAGCUGGCAGGCCUGACGCCCGAGGAGUUUGUGACCGACCACUGGAGGGCGAUGCAGCGCAGCCUGGGGGCGGGGCUUCACGUCGCCAGCUUGCAGCAGGAGCCCGGUUCCUCAGACCUGGAGGUGCUGCUGGUGUGGAGGAAUGCGGAGCCUCUGCUGGCCAGCCAGCUCGCCAGGGUCAUGGAGAACGACAUGGGCAUCAGGGUCACGAGGGUGCGCCAGGAGAGCUGCGUGGGUGUGGACUGCCCCCCCAGGGGCUGCAGGAACACGGUCCGCGUCACAGACGAGUGGGUGUCCCACUACACCUCAGCUAGGACCGGUUUCAUCACCCCGCGACACACCUGGGAGAGCGUCUGCUUUUGUAAUGAAUCAGCUGUGAAAUUUGACGGGAACGGAUAUCUCAAGUUCCUGUACCAGGCAGAUGCGGAGAAGCAGGGGGAGCAGGACUUCCAGCUGUCUCUGCGGAUGAAGACGUUUCAGGAGCACAGCCUGGUCAUGUCCACUAAUGGGACUGACUGGGGAUCCCUGGAGGUCGUCGGCGGGGAGCUCAGGUUCAGGUACGGCUGCGGGAACGAGCCCCCGGGCACGCUGCGGGCGCAGGCCGGGCCCGUGUCGGACGGACGCUGGCACCACGUCCUGCUGGAGCUCAGGGGCACCGAGCUGAAGCUGACCCUGGACCGGGCCCACCCGAACGUGGUCACCCUGGCUGAGCCCUGCCGGAUGACCCGCCCCGGCGGGGCGCUGACGUUCGCUGCCCCGUGGGCCCCCCACGGAGAGGGCCGCCCGCCGGGGUUCCGCGGCUGCUUGGGCGAGGUGGAGUUCAACGGGGAGGCCGUGAGGGGAACGGAGGGAGCGGGCGAGCGGGGCCUCGAAUCACAGGCCGGGGACAGGAGGGUGUUCGGGCUGUACCAGUGCUGCUCCCAAAUCGAGAGGUGUGCCGACCACCCCUGCCAGAAUGGCGGGACGUGUGUGGAGAACUCAAAUGGAGAAUUCCGCUGUAGCUGCACCCCACAGUACUUUGGGUCCCACUGUGAGCAGGCCAACAACCCCUGUAGUUCCCAGCCCUGUGCCCACGGAGGGGUGUGCCAACCCAAGGCUCAAGGCUACAGCUGCAGCUGCCCGGAGCACUCGACUGGAAGCAGGUGUCAAAACGUCAUCGACACAUGUUCCCCAAACCCGUGCCCGAAUGGUUACGACUGUAAAAUUGCGGAUGGUCUGAUGCACUGUGACCCUUUGCCCCAGGUGUCUGGGGGCAUUGGCAUGGUGGAGAUUGUGGAGAUCGCUGCCAGCGCCUUGGGCAUCGUGUUCCUCGUGGGGGUCUUUGUUUGCAUCCGUAAGCGGUACGUCCAACGGAAGAAACAAAAGCAGGCGACCGCCCGCGACUCCAAUGGCUACUACCCGCCCAGCAUGGCCAAGCGGGUGAUGGUAGACGGGCAGCAAACGUCGGCCAUCGAGAUGAGCAUGCUGGCGGAGACCGGGAACGACCUGGACCACGACCCGUUCCGGACCCUGAAGCCCCGCGGGCAGACCGAACUCGUGUCCCGGGGAGGCAACCAGGCCCAGAAGGCGCAGGGGCCGGUGGUGUGCAGCGUGGCCCCCAACCUGCCGCCUCCGCCGCCCUCCAGCUCCGACAACGAGUCGAUCCUCAAAAACAACUGGGAGCUGGACUAUGACGUGUAUCCCGCUGACCCUGACUACUUCGGCCGGCCCACGGUCCAGGAGUUCCCUCAGUUCGACAUCGUGGAAGGCACGUUCUCGCCCGCGCCGCCCCCGGACCCGCGACGGAGCGGCCGCUUCGGGGGUUUCCCGUUCCCCCUGGACCGCUGCGACCGGCGGGCCCCGCUGCCGCCCUGCUACAGCAACCAGAACCUGGACGACUUCCUGGGGCCCGACGGGCAGCCGCUGCCCGCCCCGCAGUGCCCCAACGAGUACACGGCCAUCAGCUACUACCCCGUCGAGCACGCGCGCAGCGUGGACAACGUCUCCGCCGGCAACUACCGCCGGCUGAGCAUGCGGCUGAGCGUGGCCCAGCCCUCCUACGCGGACAGCGGCCCCCCUCCCCAGGGGCCCCCCAGCCUCCCGGAGCAGGGGACCCUCAGCUACGCGGGGUCAGACAUGGUGGAGAGCGACUACGGCAGCUGUGAGGAGGUCAUGUUCUGAGCUCGCACAGCCCCGGGGCCGGAUGCUCCUAUCAGGCAGCUUUCUUCUUUAAAAUUGUUUUUGGAAGGACACCCUGGAGCUAAGGAGCUUCCACAACAACUUCCAACGUCGAGUCCCGCCGCCAGUACUGGUCCAGAGUACCGAGACAAAAAGGGGCAGACUUUAAACAGAAUAAAUUUUAUUUUUUGCUUUUGUUUGUUUUUUUGUUUCUGGCAU